AUGCGUACGUCGAGAAACGAAGGAACACAAUUAGAUCGUCCUGGAGCACCAUCACUUCUUAUAUCAACUUCACCAACAGUUCAACCACGACAAAAACUUUCCUUUCCAUUAUUAAAAACAAAUAAUGAACAAAAAUUUUCGACGACAAUUGAAGAUAAAACAAUUGAACAUGAAUCAACAACAGAUUUGUCAACAGAUUCAACAUCAACGACAAAUGAUGGUGUUAAUGUUGGAAAAUCAAAUAAUAAUCGAAUAUCUUCUUUUAGGAAUAGCACAUUACCUUCACCUGGGAUACAACUGAUUUCUAGUCUUUUAUCAUUCGGUGCUUAUUUUAUUAUUAUCAGUUAUUUUAAACAAGUUUAA